ACUGGUUGUGGUUGAAGAAUAUUUUCUGGGCAUAGUGAGUGAGUCAUCAGGCAUCAGUGACGAAAUUGGGUGUUCGGCGAUUGCAAGGCUUCUUAUACACACACUGAAUACAUGUAUAUUCGGAAUGUUGUGUAUUUCUCCACGAUGGAAAAAACAGGCCUAAUUGAAUAGUUAGUAUCACGAUGUUGGUGUUUCAUGAAGGAAAUUCUACGUUCACGUUUAAGCCUGUCACGCUCUAGGAUUACUGGUGUAUUUUUUCCUCAAUGCAACUGAGGCAUCCUGUUCACUUUGCACUCGUGAAGGGCCGAAGACGCCAUCUUUGUUUAGAAUCUUAGUGAAGGAGACGUACAGUCCUUGAUGUUGGUACAUGCUGUGCACCACGAUGCUCAGCGGGAGGAACACGAAGCGCCUGCUCCGAUCCGUCAUUGUCAUAUACUUCAUCAUUUGGUUCUUUUUGACAGUGUCGAAAAAUGACAGUGACACCGCGGUUUUCGUGGCCGACAAGGCGUUCACGGUGGGCCCCGAGUUUCAGGACGAAAGGAGCGUCAUUCACCACCAACCCAAGCAUGACGGCAAGAUGGACUACAUUGCAAACCGCGAUAGAUUGUCGUUUGUCACUUCAAACAACAUCAGUAACUUCAGCCGAGCUAACUCGACUCUGAGAAAAGAUAGACCUCUGUACAGCGACAAUAUUAUCAACCCACACCCUUUCCAUUUUACCUUAUUCAACCACAACGCCUGUACGAAUGCUAUGCAUGAGUGGGCGUUGCCCCUGCAAUUGUUGAUACUCGUUAAGUCCAGACCGGAAGAUAUCUAUGACCGGCAGCAAAUACGGGAAACCUGGGGCGGGGCGCAGAACAUCUCAAACCAACUGACUCUGACCAUGUUCCUCUUGGGCCAGACCCCAAAUGCAACAGUCAUUGAUGAGGUGUCACGCGAAAGCCUCCGCUUCGAAGAUAUCAUUCAGGAGAACUUCAUAGACGCUUACACUAACCUGACCUAUAAAACCAUGAUGGGUCUGCGGUGGGGGGCCACAUUCUGCCCGUUCGCUUCCUUCGUGGCCAGCGUAGACUCUGACAUCAUUCUCAAUCUUCACAACCUCCUUCAGCGCCUUGCCGAUAAGCCACGGCACGGCUUCGCAGAGGGGAGCCUCAAGACAAACUGGACGCCGUACCGUGACGCCAAAGGGCAACACAAGAAGUGGUACACCCCGGUGGAGUUGUACCCGGAGCCCACCUACCCGCCCUUCUUUCCCGGUGGAUGCUACGUCAUGUCCGCGGAUGUCGCUGCCACGAUCUACCGUGAGUCGGUUCACGUGCGCUUCCUUCCGUGGGACGAUGUGUUCGUGGGUCUCGUUAUGCAACGAGCGGGCAUCACGCCUCGUGACGGUAAAGGCUACCAGGUCUACAUCCCGUUGUCCCGAUACCGAACGCUGAUGAUCAGACUUGCCCUACAGAAAGGCAUCGCAGUCAUUACCAAGCACAACUCCAAGGCCGUCGACCAGCAACUGAUUCUGAUGUACCAGAAAGCCAUGCAAAAAUACAAGGAUGAAAGAGACGCGUUCAACAUUCCUGAUGUACGCCAUCUCUUCGGCAGGAUUGGCCUAUACAAUCCCCAAGGCCUAAAGCCAAGGAAAUAUGGUGAGAUGAUCUUGCGAUACCAGCUACAACUCGGACAAGGACAGCUGGGAGACCUACAACUCGGGAGGCUGUGGCAACAACCUCAAGCACAUGUACAACAUGUACAUGUACAGCCGACGCUUCGUGGAGCGGUUCCCGAUGGCCGUGCAAGAAAGGGCGGCCAGCCUCCAUACAGGGACGUAAGCGCCAAGGUGCACAGGAACAACAGUCACUUGGGAUUCAGGGUUGUGGAGGGAAUCGCAAGAAAAGUCUACAAUUAGUCACGGCGUAUCGAGUUCCUGUACAUCCAAAACCGCGGGACAGACUACUUGGGACGGCCAAGCUCCUCAAGGACAAGCAUAAGACCGGGCGGUCAAGGUGGAGCUUGCCAACACGGCCCACGGGGACAACGAGCUGGUCCGGCAGGUCAAGAAGAAACACAAGCCGUCCCGAGCCACCGAAACCCUAACAACUGAGGAUUCGAACGCCGCUACCAAGGGCGACCAGCAGCAAGGUACGCGCCCAAGACCGACCUCGUCUACAUCGCAGAGUUGUAAUGACUCGAGUUCGACUCGAGUCUCAAUUUUUUGGCGACCCAACUCGACUCGAGUCCCAAAGGGUAAUUCACUCAACUCGACUCGAGUGACUCGACUCGAGUCCCUUAUCAGAAGACUCGACUCGACUCGAGUCGAAGGCAAUAACACUCGAGUCCCAAAACUGUUCGAAAACAUUAUUUGCGGUGACUUACGGCACAAAGUUAGGCCUAUUAUGUGCGCGUACUUUGGAACAUUAUAGAACCUUUCCGUGGCAAGUUUGGCAUUUUGUUAAGCUGGGUUGACCUGAAUGAAACCCUCCGAUGUGCUACAAGAAAUAAGAUUUUGGGGUUUUUGCCGACGCUUAGCCAAUUCCUUUCAGUAGCCCAUAUCAAACGUCUCAUGCAACAUGUCUAAAUAUUGUAGUUCCUGGAAGUCAUUUUGAGAGGUCGUCUUCAGUCUAUACCUUGAAAAUCGCCCAUGG